AUGACCGCAGGAGAUUUCAUCGCGCUGUUUGAGGGUGCAGGGGGUCCACGGCUCAGCGGUCCACGCGCUAGUUCAACAUCGGCCAGUUUCCAGCGUCUCGACUCCGGUCAGUCGAUCGUUCAGCGGAGAUCAACCCUCCCCGCGAACCGCCACUUCAGUGAGAUUUCGGUGAUUGUCGGGAACGAGUCAUGCUCUUGCUCGCUUGACAGUCCGUCCGAACUCUCUAUCGGUAUUGUACGCAUCUGA